AUGGAGCUCCAACUUCAAGCCACCAGCUCAUUACCUUUGUUAUCACCUCAACUCCUCUCUGGUCCAGGUGACGGUGACUCCAUUGGACUCUUUGGUUCGUCCCUUGCAGGGGAAAUCGGCGGACGUGAUGGAGCCUCCCCUCCUUUCUCUUCGGGUGAAGGGCAGAGCCUCACUUUGUCUCCCCCUCUUUCUGCUUGUUCUGUGGUCCAGUGUGUUGGAGCUGAAGAAACUACUACGAUGGAGAAUGGUAGGUGCUGCCAAGCCCUCUUUUUGAACAACUUUCCUGAUUUAGUCCGUAAACAUAAGCCUGAUGUAUUUUGUAUUUUGGAGUCUCGCCUUUCUGGGGAGUCUAUUCAGAAAUUCCAUAGAAGUGUGGGCAGCCAGUGGCAUAUCUUCGUUAUUCCCUUGUUUGAUAGUUCUAAUAGGCAGCUGGCUGCGGGUGUUGUAACUGCUCCUGGCGUGCAACCCUGGCUUCUUCGGGUGGUGUACGCCAGCACAAGUUAUCGCAAGCACAGCAUUCUCUGGGAGAUGGCUGCCACCAUCAUUGGCUUUGGGCAUCCUGUUUUAUUGAUCAGUGAUUUCAAUGUUAUCACCAGCAGUAAUGAGAAGCUGGGUGGACAGGCCUUCACUGCCGAUAUUGAAGUGUGUGAAUUCAGAAACUUUGUGAAUUUUUCUGCUGUGAUUGACGUGGGAUUUAGUGGUAGUGCCUUCACAUGGUGGAAUAAUAGGUUUGGACAAGCUCGGAUUUGGGAGAGAUUAGAAAAAGCACUUGCUACUAAUAGCUGGAUCAAUUGGUUUCCUGACUCCACUGUUACUCACCUGCCUAGAAUUAGAUUGGACUACUGCCCUCCGCUGCUCCAG